CCCAACGAUCACCUAACACCAACACCUGUAUCAUACACAGCUGGCUUCUACAGGAUCCCUGUCAUUGGUCUGACAACACGCAUGUCUAUAUAUUCUGAUAAGAGUAUCCACCUGUCCUUUUUGCGCACGGUCCCACCAUACUCUCACCAGGCCAACGUCUGGUUUGAGAUGAUGAGAGUCUUCAACUGGAAUCACGUCAUUCUGAUAGUCAGCGACGACCACGAAGGUCGUGCUGCACAAAAGAAGCUGGAGACCCUCUUGGAGGAGAGAGAGUCCAAGGCUGAGAAAGUGCUGCAGUUUGACCCCGGGACCAAAAACGUGACAUCGCUGCUGCUGGAGGCUAAAGAGCUGGAGGCUCGCGUCAUCAUCCUCUCUGCCAGUGAGGAUGAUGCGGCAACAGUGUACAGAUCUGCAGCCAUGCUCAAUAUGACGGGCUCCGGCUACGUGUGGCUGGUGGGGGAACGGGAGAUUUCGGGCAAUGCCCUGCGCUACGCCCCUGAUGGAGUCAUCGGCUUGCAGCUCAUCAAUGGGAAAAAUGAGUCAGCCCACAUAAGCGAUGCAGUGGCAGUGGUGGCCCAGGCUGUGCACGACUUGUUUGAGAAGGAGAACAUCACUGACCCACCACGGGGCUGUGUGGGCAACACCAACAUCUGGAAGACGGGGCCCCUUUUCAAGAGGGUGUUAAUGUCCUCCAAGUAUUCGGAGGGUGUCACCGGACGGGUAGAAUUCAAUGAGGACGGGGACAGGAAGUUUGCCAAUUACAGCAUCAUGAACCUGCAGAACCGCAAACUGGUCCAGGUUGGGAUUUACAACGGUAGCAAUGUCUUGACCAACGACCGGAAGAUAAUCUGGCCAGGGGGAGAAACCGAGAAACCUCAAGGCUAUCAGAUGUCGACCAAAUUGAAGAUUGUAACGAUUCACCAAGAGCCCUUUGUGUAUGUGAAGCCCACACAAGCAGAUGGGACGUGCAGGGAGGAAUUCACCAUCAAUGGUGACCCUGUCAAAAAGGUCUUUUGCACAGGGCCCAACGAGACCAUCCCAGGCCGGCCCACCGUGGCACUGUGUUGCUACGGCUUCUGCAUCGACCUGCUCAUCCGCCUGGCUGGUGUGAUGAACUUCACCUACGAGGUUCAUCUGGUGGCUGAUGGUAAAUUUGGUACCCAAGAGCGGGUGAACAACAGCAACAAGAAGGAGUGGAAUGGGAUGAUGGGGGAGUUGCUGAGCGGCCAGGCGGAUAUGAUUGUAGCUCCCCUCACCAUCAACAAUGAGCGGGCACAGUACAUCGAGUUCUCCAAGCCCUUCAAAUACCAGGGUCUCACCAUCCUUGUGAAGAAGGAAAUCCCCCGCAGCACCCUGGAUUCAUUCAUGCAGCCCUUCCAGAGUACACUGUGGCUGCUGGUGGGGCUGUCUGUGCAUGUGGUGGCAGUGAUGCUGUACCUUCUAGAUCGAUUCAGCCCAUUUGGACGGUUCAAAGUGAACAGCGAGGAGGAGGAGGAAGAUGCCCUGACACUCUCCUCAGCCAUGUGGUUCUCCUGGGGAGUCCUGCUGAACUCCGGCAUCGGAGAAGGUGCUCCCCGGAGUUUCUCUGCUCGUAUUCUGGGCAUGGUGUGGGCUGGCUUUGCUAUGAUCAUUGUGGCUUCCUAUACUGCCAACCUGGCUGCCUUCCUGGUGUUGGAUCGUCCUGAGGAGAGAAUUACAGGCAUCAAUGACCCCCGGCUGCGCAACCCCUCCGAUAAGUUCAUUUACGCCACGGUGAAGCAGAGCUCGGUGGACAUCUACUUCCGACGGCAGGUGGAGCUGAGCACCAUGUACCGGCACAUGGAGAAACACAACUAUGAGAGCGCAGCCGAAGCCAUCCAGGCUGUGCGAGACAACAAGCUCCACGCCUUCAUCUGGGACUCAGCAGUGCUGGAGUUUGAAGCCUCGCAGAAGUGUGACCUGGUGACAACAGGGGAACUUUUCUUCCGCUCCGGCUUUGGGAUUGGGAUGCGCAAGGACAGCCCAUGGAAGCAGAACGUCUCACUGGCCAUCCUCAAGUCCCACGAGAACGGCUUCAUGGAGGAUUUGGACAAGACUUGGGUGAGGUAUCAGGAGUGUGAUUCCCGUAGCAAUGCCCCAGCAACACUCACCUUUGAAAAUAUGGCAGGUGUGUUUAUGCUGGUGGCUGGAGGUAUUGUUGCCGGGAUAUUUUUAAUAUUCAUAGAAAUAGCUUACAAAAGGCAUAAGGAUGCGCGGAGGAAGCAGAUGCAGCUGGCGUUUGCGGCCGUUAAUGUGUGGAGGAAAAACCUGCAGAGAGAACUGAGAAGGAGGAGCAAAUGUAUCCCCGAGCAUGCUCUACGCACCAGCGGGAUACAUUUUGGUUACCCCCGUGCGGUAGCAGAGCCAGACCUGGUCACUCCGUCCCCCGUCGGCAAGGUCACACUCAUUGGCACGAAAGCAAUUGGGGAGGAAUCGUUGUCAGCGCCCGCCGCCGAGCGCGGCCGGUCCCCACGGCUCGCUGCCCCCGCACCGUGGCGGCUGGUGCUCCCAGCCUGCGCCAACCAGGAUAGAAAAAGUGGUAGAGCAGAACCUGACCCUAAAAAGAAAGCCACUUUUAGGUCCAUCACCUCCACCCUGGCCUCCAGCUUCAAGAGACGUAGGUCCUCCAAGGAUACGCAAUACCAUCCCACUGACAUCACCGGCCAGCUCAACCUCUCCGACCCCUCCGUCAGCACUGUGGUGUGACCUUCUCCCCAAGGGCCAUCAGUCCUUACCCGGCACAGUAGGAAGGCACAGCCAGGACUGCCUCUCAAGGGACACUGAUGGGUUCUUCAGGGUGAGAUGGGAGUAAAGCAUCCUUCAUCCAUACACGGUGACUUCAUUGUAUAUCUCCCUCCCUCCCUAGGCCUGCUGCCAUACUCACGCCCCAAAAUGCACGGCAGAACCAGGACAGGGUUUGGACUUCACUGUACAGAGAUAACCGCUCCCAACCAGUGCUGUUGUUGAUCAGUAUUGCCACUGACUGGCUGCGUGCGAGGGGAAAGGACUUGGAAGGCACGUGGUGCCUGCUGUCCUGCAGUGGUAGGGAAGAGCCGUUGUCGGGCUGCAGCCACGUUUGGCUUUGCAGGCUCUGGGUUCUCUCAGAUCCCAGCGAUGUUCUCGUGGAGCGGCCAAGGACUGCUGCCAUGCAGAGAUCUGCCACCAGCACAGCAGGGCUGGGAGAUGUGCACGCUUCUCGUGGCCAGGGGAUGAGCGCCCGUUCCCCUCCAUCAGCCCCUCUCAGUGCCCGUGGUAUGACCAAACGUGGUGCUCUGGAACUCCUAGCCAGGAUUCUGGCUUCCCAUAUCUGCACACAAGGCAUCCCCAAGGCCUGGCCGUGGCCAGCACGUAACUUUCACACUGUAGCUGACCUGACCAGGAGACAAACAAGGGAAAUCGAGUGCCAGCUCAGCAAAGGGCGAUUAAACAAGACUGCUCAGAGCUAUUCCUCCCUAUGCACCGAGCUUCUACAGGCAGGUGUUUCAAGCAGCCGUGGGCACUCCAACGCCCAGGAAACACCAUCCAGGUUGGGAUGAGUGCCUGCAGAGUGUGUAUGAGCAGCAAGGGCAGAAAACCCACCUGCAAUGUGGUACAAAGCCCCUGUGGUGAGAACCACCUCCUCCUUGCCCCAGCCAAGCAGGUGUGGCAGACAGGGCCAGCAAGAUUUUCGGGUGGCAGCUGGGGUCUGUGAGCAUUGUCCCACUGGCUGCAGUGGCUCCAUCAAGUUCAUCUCACUCAGCUGAGAAAUCAGGCCCAUUCGACUUUAUACGUCAGUGUAACAUUGAUACCAAGUUUUUGCAAGAGCUCAG